AUGAAUGCGCCCUCAAUUUCCAUUGCCGACUACGUGAGUCGUAUUGCGCGUCACGUGCGUUGCAGCAACGAGUGUUUCGUGCUGGCGCUAGUGUACAUUGAGCGCAUUACGAGGAUGCACAAGGACUUCGCAGUGUCUAUCUUAAACGUGCACCGUUUGAUCAUAACGGCAGUGAUGCUCGCGGCGAAAUUUAGUGACGACGUGUACUACUCCAACAAGUUCUACGCCCAGGUUGGGGGCGUAAACGUUGCGGAGAUUAAUAUGCUUGAGGCUCAGUUUCUGACCAUGUUGAACUUCCAGCUGUACGUCAGCGCUUUGGAAUACGAGAGUUGUCGGAUGGGUGUUGAGAAGGCGAAUUUAUUCGGUCCUCUUUCCUCCAACGUUUGGGGUGUCGCGUGGUACAAUGCGACGGCUAAGCGCUCUUCCAGGCAUAACAAGGUACCGGCCAACACAACGGCGCCGGGCAGCGUGCCGAUGGUACACUAUGGUGGUGGGUCUCAGUUCACGAACGUGGCGCGUAGUACGCGCUUCGCAGAUAGUAUGGGCGUUAACCACGAGGGAUCGGUUUCUCCCAACAUGCCCUACGAGGAGAUUCAAUACGCUCCGCAUUAUGAGAGGGCGCCGAACCCCGGUGUGCCCUAUCGCACGACCAAUCAAGACACGGUGAUGGCGGGCAUUCCUAUGAGACACGCACCACAUUUCCCGCAUCCUAUGGAUGAGCGGCCGCGCCAGCACACCGGCCCGUCUGCAGGAUACCACGUGCUGUCGAACGUGCAUAUGCCACAGAUACUGCCGUCUCAACAUCUGGACUCUUCACGUAUUGACACACCCCGUGGCCACACUAUGCAGGUACAUUCAAAAGGCGGUGGAGGAUAUGGUGGCCAUGUCGCCCACCGCCAAGUGCCGAGGUUUGCGAGCGCGCCAUCAUGCUGCAAGCACUACGCGGGCAGCGAUGCCGUACCCAGACGACCUCCGCGCGCUAUGUUGAAUAGGAUGUGCACGCAACACGUGGAUUACGUGGGUUACCCGCAUUCGCAGUGGGCUACAGUCAAGCGAGCAGCUCCCGCGGACAUUGGUCCGGCGUUCAGCCCUAUGGGUUCGAUGGAGAGCACGGACGCCUGCGCCAACUUCAUGAACGCCUUGGUCGCACGGCACCGUGACAGCCUGAAGGGGAAAUGCGCCCCUCGGGCGGAUACUUGGAGCUACGAGGACACACGCCAGCUUUGCCGUAGUCGUAACUUCAUGCGUUGCGGCAAGAUAAAGGAGGCAGCGUAG